AUGAGUGUUAAGAUCUACAGAUGGUUAAAGAUAAAGAAAGUCCGGAAAGAUGAUGCCGGCCUAUACACCUGUGUUGUCAUGAACAAGUGUGGCGAGAAGAGAUCUGUUUCGAUGCACCUUUAUGUACGCGAACGUAAGUACCUCAUCAUAGUCAGAUCACUAAAUGGACAAUCUUAUGCCUCUUGUUUUGGGGCAAACACAAGUGUGAUCUUUAUUCAGACACUAAAUUAACCCAGCGUAAUCAGCAUCAAAAUUCUCCUUGUAAUAUCAAUGCUUAUUAAAACAGAGUGGUCGUGAGAAUUACAGACAUCAUGACGCAAGAUGAAUGUGCUUUAUAUAUUAUCAACUAACCCUCUACUUCUGUAGGAAAUGAAUAGGGGCAACAAAUGAGAAUUCAAUUUUGAUCUUAGGGUUUAAAGGGUUAAGAGGAAGCUUUAAAGUGAUCUGUCCGUUCUUAGUCUUCUUACCCCGAUCUGGCUGUUAUCGAAAAAGAUAAAGGUGGGGGGUGGGAUGGGGGUGGGGAUGGGGGCGCAAUUUAAUUUAACAGUCCCUCUUUAUCUUUUGUAGUAAUAAAUUUUAUGAAUUAACUGACUGCGAUAAUUAUUCUUGGUUUGCUUUUAUAAUUUAAUUUAACAGUCCCUCUUUAUCUUUUGUAGUAAUAAAUUUUAUGAUAAUUAUUCUUUAUUUUUGCUUUUAUAGUGCCUACACGCGAUCCGAACAAGAAUUUAACGCCAGGUAAGAUUGAGAUGUUAGAGCACAGUUUUCCUUGAUUUGAGAUCUUAAGCGUGGAAAGAAACUUGACGAAUAAACUCUUAUGGAAUAUUUCUGUAAUAUGUUAAACACGAGGAGUGUUACCUCUGAUAUCCAAACAGAGAGAAAUUAAUCCGUUUAUACCUACCAAACAUUCACCCGCUUUAUAGUGGAACCAGUUUUGAAUGGCACGCUUAUGAAGACAAUGGGCCUAAAGAAAGGAGAUCUGGAACCAAUAAUUAUACUGGGGUUUGGGACGGCCGGAAAAUUCGAAAAUUCUCGGAAAAUCUGAACGCUCGCCGAGAGUGUCGAGGCUCUCGGCGUCACACCUAUAAGUAUCUGCUAUUUGGUUUUAACGGAAGUGGAGACUCAGAUUUUAAAUGGAAGUGCCCAAGUGCGACUUGCAGGUGAAUCUAAUUUGUCCUUUUAAGGGGAACAGAUUCAAAAGGUCGAUGCAAAAUCUGUUUACAUUCCGCUGCGCUCACUUACGAGAUAUCAACUUUGUUAAACACUUCUAGAUAAUUUCGUGCCCAUGUAUCAAGGAAAUUACUUAUGUAUUUUCCUAUUUUCAAGCUGCCUUCACGGGGAUAACUAUCUCUGUUUUCUUAUUAUUGAAGAGGAUAUUGAGAAACAAAUGUCAACUACAUUCGAAUCUCCACGAGCGACCACCUCCCAUAAGCGACCUCCUAUCUACAUAAACUGACACCAAAACUUUUGCAGUGAAAGCAUUUAGUUGGAACCUCUCGUCAUUCUGUAUGCAACCACGACAUCUUUUCGGGGCUUACGGUUUAAUAAUUUUCGAUUGUUUCCUAUAGGCGAAUCUUUGCUGACGUCACUGUUGACAUUUUUCCUCAUUAGCAUACGACUUAACUCACAGAAGCCGUGGCCGCACAUAUGAACCAAAUGCAAAACUAAGAGCUGAUUAAGUUGAGCAAUUUGUGCAAUUUUCAGCUCUUUGCAAGCAAUAUUGAAAGAAAUAUCAGCAAUCAAAAACUGCGAAAUUGCUGGGUAGCAAAAAAGUUAAUGAGCCAUACAUUCUCUGUAAAAUUUCGAGUUUUCAGAAGAGAAUUUCUCGGAAACCAUUCGGUGUUUUGGGCUCAAAUUUUCAGGGAUAACUGAAACUGUUAUGCUCUUUCAAUAUUCAGAGUUUUUAUUUUAUUAGCGUCAUCAGAUAAUGAUAAGCAUAUGUUAAUGAGGCAAAAAGUGUAAACAAAGAUUCGCCUAUAAGCGACCAUUUGACGCAUGAUCUGAUCUCUAUGAUAUGUUUGCUGUAUGUAUAUGCUACUUACAGUAUUCGAAGAACUUAAGUAACAACAUGGAACUGAGCAUAUCGUAACCUUAGAAACUGCACGCAUCUUACAUCGGACACCUUCUCCGAAGAGAACCCCUGUGGUCUUUUCUCGUUAGCGAGCACCUCUCGUAAGUGACCACUGAGUCUUUGCAGUUUGGAUGGUCGCGUACGGGAGGUUUGAGUGUAUCGUCCUUGUCUUUUUGCAGCUGCUCCGAGGUUCACCGUACCGAAACUCAAGCUUCAACAAAAGCUGAUAGCUCUACCGGUCGGAAACUCCGCGAAACUUGACUGUUCGGCCGAUGGAUACCCUCGCCCCUGGGUUGCAUGGUACAAGAAUGGAAAACCGUUUCAAGAGAGAAGAGGUAGCUCUCUGUACUUGGAUUGGAAGUAUGUGUUGGCUUUGAAGGAUGUGGUUCCGUCAGAUACUGGGACAUACAGCUGUAAUGUCAGUAACUAUCUGGGUUGGAUAAAUCAUACAUACUACGUUGAUGUGCACGGUAAGGUCAUUGAUAUAAAACGCCUGGAAAAUGUAGCCUACGUCGCAGACGUAAGCUAACCUCGGUUCGUAACGUCUAAAAGGCAGCGCCGAGAUCCUUGUUCUGGGUCCUCAAUGGACUCAACAAAGUACCGGAAGUACGUUUCGAAUUCCCUUUCAUCGUAAUUGGCAUUUCGACAAUGGCAUUUUUAACAGGCCAAUCAUGGCGCAUACUCAAAUCCUGGUACACCGGUGGGGCCCAUAACAAGGAUUUUGGCGCUAUUUCGUAGACGGGCUUCACCAGAAGUUUAGUUCCGUGUGUGGCGCAGGCUAGGAAAAUGAUGAAAGAGACGUUUGUUAAUUAUUUGUUAACCUCUCUAUUCCAUUCAGCUUAGCUCUUCCUUUCUUGUUGGAAUUAGAAUUGGCCGGAGAAGUUUCAAAUUUUAAGGCCGCUUGUUGGGUUCAAAGUGGUCCCAAGUUAUUAAAAUAGUGUUCCGGAGACUGGAAAUAAAAGUAUCCCUCAGUAACGUAACAAUUCUGGGCAAUCGUUUCUAAGAGACACUCAAUGUUGCUUACACACAGACGUCUCCUGUUUCCUAGCCCUUUCUGUUUCAGUCAGCCUAGUUAGAGAUAUUUCAAGUUGUAAAGUCCCUGGAGACUGAGACUACAAAUUUAUUCUUGAAUGACAACACAGAACUUUCACAAUUCUUUCCGUAGCUUACGUACAGACGUCCCCUGUUUUAGGUAAUAGGCUGAUUUAGCAGCCGUAGGGGAACGUUAGUUGACGACGGCGCGGGCAAAUCAAACAACUGGCUUGACUAAUGGAGGAACGGCAAAUUGGGCACCGGAAGUCGAGUUUAGUCCUUUCCGCGCGCUUUCCCGUCGUCAAAUGACGUUCCCGUUCUGUUGCUAAAUCAGCUUAAUACUAAUAAGAGACGUCUACACACAAGCGACAUCUUCUGGCGUUGGUUGGUGGGGAGCUGAUAAGUAAUUUACGCGUAGUUAGACAAAGAAAAACGUAACCUGUCGGAAAAAAGAAAAAAAAAACGUUAUUGACAUCUUUUGUGUGAAACAAUUAUAAAUCAUCCGUCUGCUGUAUGCUCUUUGCGGUAACGCUGUAGUAUUUCUCAGUUCCUCAAUGGUUUUUUUUCAGUGAGCUGUAAACUACAAAAAGCUCUUCGUUUCAGAAUCGCGAGAGACUAAGGGUGUAAUGAGAGACCUGCGCAAAAUCUUUCGCGUUUCUCUUGCGCUUCGCCUUGACCUUAAAACCCUCGCUAUUCGCGAUAAUAAAGAGCUUAAAACAGUAAAAGGUUUGAACCCAGGAGUCAUUUCAUGAGUAGAUGAAGCAUAAUCGUCCGGGUGAGCGUAGUCCUGAAUAGGACUGUUGUUGUUGACAGUGACUGCCGUUUCGACAAAAUGUGCGGUACUCAUUUUCAGAGUCAAAGUGAGCCAGGGACGGGGAGGUUGUUUCACGUCACUUGAUGAUAUUUAACUCUGAUUGAUGAAUUAAGUCGCGAUAAUAUUGGUUAUCUGUCUGUUAAGUCGUGAUCUUAUUGGCUAUGAAGACUCUAAUUUCGAUUCGUCUUUACUCACAGUUUUUUCAAUCUUCUUUUAUAAUAUCGGCAUAUCUGUGUUCUUCCUCCGUAGAACGAAGUCGUGCUAAGCCAGUGGUCCUUUCGAUGUCAAACGCUACAGUUUUUGUCGGCGAAAACGUGACUUUGAUAUGCAAGGCAUACAGCGACGCCAUGCCUCAUUUCCAGUGGCUCCGUUGGUUUCCUUUACCUUCCAACAGCUCUGGUAAUGACACUGAUAGCAAAAAAUUUUCGUAUGAAGUCAUAAAUCAGAACCAGCAGGAUUCCAUCAAGUACCAAAGCAGUGGCAACAACAAGCACGAAUUCCAUGGAGUCCCUUUAAGUUUGGUCAACGUUACAAAGAAAGAUGAAGGAAAGUAUACGUGCAUUGUGGGGAAUGCACUCGGUUAUUCUGUAAAGCACGCUUACAUCGUCGUUCAAGAAAAACUGGGUAAGAUAGGUUCAAUGCUAAAAUGAAUACAUACCCUAAGUUAGUUCAAUGUUGUUGAUUGAUAAUUAUACCUCUUAACCCUGCUACCUGUAUUUACCUUAUUCUUGUAUUCUUGUCAUUUAUGUGCUCAAAUGACUUUGAAUUGUUUGUAAAUGGGUGUCCUGAAUGUAAUUAAUAAGCCCCAUGGUUUUCUAUAGAGGCUGCACUGCCACCAAAAAUUUGUCAUUUUUUUUUCUUGGUGUUAAUCUCAUAAAUAAAUAAAGUAUAAGAUAUGGUUCCUGCUUGUAAUGAAUCAUCCAACAAAAAGAUAACUCUUUCACGGUUAUGUAAGACUUAAUGGACAUAAAACCUGGAAGAAAAAAAAUGUAAUACACGUUAUGUUUUACUAUAUGCCUUCCCAACCGCUUCUGUUCGAAAUCGAAGUUAUCGCCUACUCAUAUUCGAGGAAUUGAGGUAUCAAAGAAAAUGCCAAAGUGAAGAAAUACUUAAACAAUUAAAUCUUAUGAACAGCACACGGCAGGAGGCAAACGAUGCAGAUGGCUAUUUUCAAGCGUGGCCUUGCGUUUAAAUCGUGACGUUUAAAAGUGAAAAACAACUCCAGUUGGUGAUCUCAGCGGCUUUAAACCAGACCUGCUCUGAAAGUGUGUUUUUAUCUCCUAAGCGUCUUGUAGAGGGCGCUUCCGCGGAGAGAAAUCUGCACACUUUGAUUCUGCGAUUGAUUUUUAUGCUUGGGGAAGACAGCAUGGCCGACCUGUAAGUGCGUUGGAUUUGCAAUCCGGAGUUCCUGAGUUCAAGUCCCGCCGGCCCUGAUUGCUAACUUGAUUUGCUCUGACUCGUUAGUCCCGUUUUCAAAUCCAAGCCCUCCUUUGUAAAAUAAUCGACUGCGGUUCGCCUUCUAUCAACUGGCCUGGGAUUGUUAACUUUGUUUUGUUUCAUGUGAAUUAUUUGUUUCAUUAUCCCUGGAAUGCUCCACAAAGGGAGAAAAUAAUUAGUUGUUCAAAUUGAAUUUAAAUUUUAACGCGCUGUAGCCUAUGUUCUCUGCUGAUAAGUAUGUAUUUGAUUUCAGAAACAACUGCGUCACCACCCGAAACAAAUGCGACCUUUGGGCAAGGUACAAAUGGAAAUCUUCGCCCACCUGCCGAAUCACCAGGACCUUUAUUAUCAUCAUCGUCAUCGAAGCGAAAAAUUCUUAUUGCAGUGUUGGUUGCUGCUAGCGUCGUGUUUAUAGUGUUGUUUGGAAUUGGCUUUUAUCUUUACCGGCGGAAGAUGAAAUUAGCUAAAGAAGGCAAAUACGGUCUUGUUAACAGUCCCAAGCCAAAUGAAAUCGCUGUGGAAUACAGGGCUCAUGACCCGUCCGUUGGCGGCUCCCUAUCGUCUUGCGGAUCAACCGCUCCAUUGAUGCGGCAGCGAAGUCUACGCUCUAGACUGGGUUCUAACCUCACUCAGGUGUCCGAAGUGGAAAUGCCUCUGGACGAAAAAUGGGAGAUCGACAGAGAGAUUAUCAGCCUACAGGAAGUUCUUGGAGAGGGCGCGUUUGGCAGAGUCAUGAAGGCUGAGGUGUUAGGAAUGCCCAAUAUGCCCUUCAGAUUCAAUGUAGCGGUUAAAAUGCUUAAAGGUAAGUUUUGUAUUCUAGUAAUCACUGGAAAAUACACUUCCGCUUUCACUGCAAAUUUUCUUAUGAUGAUCUUGUUAUAGCAUACCGCUUCUUUAAUUCUGUCCAAUACAACGAACGUGCGAUCCCGACAGAGAAUUCCUUUCCCGGCCGCGCGAACGUUCAGAUGGAUUGAACAAUGGUUUGUCCACGCAAAAGGGAGAUUAAUAGAGGUAUUAGUCUAUUGCUAGUCUAACCCAGCUCAAGCGCCGUCACACAUUCAUUGUAACCAGUGAAAUAGGCUUCUGUUGAGCAUUUGGAAUAACAAUGAACGAUGUGGCAGACCUAGAAAUUUUCACUGUCACGAAAACAAUAGCCAUUUCUUCCGAUGGCCUUAAAAGUGGAGAGAUAUGUACGCCCCACUGCGAAAGAGUGAGUUACAAUUUUUUGAUCAAGUUUCACAGUGAUAGAAACUACUUGAUACCUUUUUUUAGUGGAGAGAAAAGCAAUGACAGCAACAAGAACAAAACUAACUGUCAUGCUCAUGCAUAUUUUGAUUUCAGAGGAUGCCACAGACCAGGAACUCACAGAUCUUGUAUCAGAGAUGGAGGUUAUGAAGACCAUUGGAAAACACAAGAACAUUAUCAAUUUGAUCGGAGCCUGCACUCAAGGAGGUUAGUUGACCGAGCAAACAUUAGUUGAUGAAUCAAUUAAAACUGAAAAAUUAGUUGACCUGUGUUCGUGUGACUGCGAACAAGAUAAAAUCUAUGGUUAUCUUUCUUCUUUAACUCUUUGGCCCAAUAUAGGAACCUGUUUAUGGCAAAGGCCUCAAAGCACCAUUAUUAAAUUCUGCUCUCUUUUUCUUUAAUCAUAGUUGUUAGUUUGGUUUGGGUGCGUACAUGUUGGUCUUUUGGACUACUGUUUAACGUAACGUAAGAACAUUGCAAACCGCUUUAACAUGAAAUAUUCAGAAACCAUCCAGUGUCAGUUCACAAAAUUAGACGUUCUUUUUAAAAGUACAGUCAAUCCUCCAUGUGAGACCACCUCUCGUAAGCGACCACCUCUCAUAAGCGACCAUCUAUCCAAAACACCAAAAUUUCCAAGGCAAAGCCUUACGGUUGGAACCUCUAGUAAACGACCACCUCUGGCAAGUUAUGGCGACCCCUUUCAGGGUGACGGUUUUAUAAAUUUCCAUUGUUUCCAACCUCUAGUAAGAAACCACUAGUGAUCUCCAUACUCGCUGUACUACAAGUACCACGCUACAACAAGUAACUUACAAAAUUGUGUGCAAUAAAUUCUCUUCUUGCAAAAAGUAGAUAAUGUCUGGACCCCUUCUCGGAACGGACCCCUUGUGGAUCGACUUUCGUAAGUGACCUCUAUCUAAAUCUUGGCAUUUUGAGUGGUCGCUUACGAAAGUCUUGACUGUUGUGAAUUUUUAAAAUGUUAAACUGUUAUUGUUGCUUUUUCCCUUUAGGUCCACUGUAUGUAGUUGUAGAAUUUGCUCCAAAUGGUAACUUAAGACAGUUCUUGAGGGAAAGGAGGCCAACCAGGGAAUAUCCCACAACACUGACGCUGAUGGACCUAGUGUCCUUUUCGUAUCAGGUCUGCAGAGGAAUGGAAUAUCUUUCUUCGAGAAAGGUAUGUGUAAGCAGAUGUAGGAGUUCUUAGAUGACUGUAUGAGUGAUGUAUGCUCGAUUUAGUGGGAGCUUCGAAUUAGCUCGGGUUCGGGUUAUUAAGGUAACAUUUUAGGAAAUGUACAUGUCUGAAGAAAAUCCAGGAGAAAUCAAUUCUGUUUCGAGUUUGUGCUAGCUUCAACCGAGCUUGGAAUUUCUAGCUGUUAACUGUUUACAUCCGUGGGGGAUCCAGAUUUUGAGAUAAGAAGUUGCGGUGGGUCAAGAUGGGGGUCGAUGCAUCACGACAGACAUUAUGAUAAGCCAGACACUUUUGAAUUUUUUUUCACGGCCAGAGGAUUCAUCGGUUAAGGCCAAUUUAAAAUAACAAGUCUUACUCUUUUUUUGUUAGUGUAUUCAUCGUGAUCUUGCUGCCAGAAACAUUUUAGUUGGUGACGAUAAUACGAUGAAGAUUGCAGACUUUGGUCUGGCUAGAGAUGUGCAUCAAGUCGAUUAUUACAGAAAGACAACAGACGUAAGUAUUACAUAAUGAUGUUAACUUAAAACGCUCAAGGGUGGUAUUAUUUUUCCCACUAAAGAGAGCACAUCUAUUUAAGUUCCACUCGUACUUCUUGCAGUAGGAAAUGCAAUUUCUUAAACUGAAAACAAAACAUAAUUAUAUAUCACCAAGAUUAGUUAAAAGGAGUUAUGUCACGCUAUUUUCUUUCUUUCAAUAAAAAAACUAAAACGUUUCUUCGCAUCAAUUGAAUUCCAAAAAUAAUGGCUCAGUUUAAGACUAUAUUUGGGCAUUUCAAAUGGGUUUUAGCUAUGCUUGCAUAAAUCACCAAAAAAUUAUUAUGACGGUUUUUUCAAUGAUUUUUUGUAUUUCUUCUUCGUAACUCUACAGUAGCAUUUUGUGUAUUGGUAAUAGCAUUAAUAUAAGUCAUGACUUUGGCACAGAAUUGACCUAAAUCAGCAAUUGACGGCUCCAUAGAAAAAACUCGACUACUACCAAUAGGAGUCGAACCUCAUUCUCGUCCCCAGAGCCUCCUGGGGGCCUGAGAACGAGGACCAGGGGGCUCUGGGGACACAGGAUUUGAAGUCCUAGAUUUCAGGACUUCCGUUCAUUUCCGAUUCAAAAGUAAGUUGGAGGAUUCUCUUUUAAAAAGCUUUGAAUCACCUAAAUGUCCAGUAAUUGACACUUCUGCGAGAGUAAGUGAACGCUAUUAGAAACGUUGUAGAAAUCAGAAAUGACCGGAAGUCCUAAAAUCUAGGACUUCAAAUCCUGUGUCACCAGGGCUUCCUGGUCCUCGUGCUUAGGCCCCCAGGAGGCUCUGGGGACGAGAAUGAGUCGAACCUAUGAACAUCUGGUUACUAGAUCAGAUGCUCUACCACUGAGCUACAGAACUUGGUUCAUGUGACAACCAUCCUGCAUAUUGCUAGGACUAGAAUAUCGAUAGCUGCCUGAUGCGCAAUCAUAAAAUGAUAAAAAUGUGGUAGUGAACCUAUGACCUUCUGGUUACUAGUCUAGAUCAGUGCUUUAUCACUAAGCUACAGGAGAUUCGUUUGAGCUAAGGCCACUAAACUAGGUUCAUGUGACAAGCAUCCUGUAUACUGCUAGGACUAGAAUGUCGGUUUGUGCUUAUGCGCAAUGAUAAAGAUGUGAUAAUGAAUUUUGAGCUUGGUGAGUACACAAGAAAGAGGAUUUUUCAGUCAGUGACACAGGCUGCUCGGAAGGAAAAAUCCCCGUGACGUAGCUCCUUUAAAGAUUGGAAACUAUCACUUCCCAAACACGGGACAGGGGCUCUCUCCACUGAGCUACUCGUGUAGAGCAAUUCCAUUUACCAGGUUCAUAUACGUCCUACAUGCUGAUAGGAUCAUCAGUGUCCUCAUUUAAAACUGAGCUUCAUAUUUAACCUUUACAGCAACUAUAAUGUUGAUGAUUUUUCCAUUAUGUUAAUUUGGUGAUAUAUUUUCAAUUAGGGACGACUACCAGUGAAGUGGAUGGCCCUCGAAGCCCUCUUCGAUCGUGUCUAUACUACACAAAGUGACGUGUAAGUACUUUGAAUUGUCGCUUAGUAAACUGUAUGGUGAGGCAGAAAACUGUUGUUGAUGUUGUUUUUUAAUAAACCUGUUGUGACCUUUACCCCUUUUAUUCCUACACCAGGUUAUGCCUGGAUGCUUUUUCACUCUAACGUUUCAAGCUGGGUACGAAAUUGUAUAUGCUACCAUUCAAAUAUUAAACUCUGCCAAAACGUUUGCAAAGUACUACAAUUGAUUUCUUAGGAUUUCACAGAGAGAUAUUUGAAAUUUCUGCGAAAAAACAAAAGCGUAAAAAUUAAAAGUUUGAGAACAAAUUUCAAGCCGUUUUGUUAUUAAAAGUUACUCUUGGGUGAUAAUCUCGAGAGUAGAGUCUACGCGGGAUCAGUUCUCCCAACCUUAAUCCUGUCUUACCUCAGUAAAACUCAUAAAUAAAGACCUCGUUUUCGAAGUACAACCAACUCUCUCUAAGACUGACACCUCUGGGACCAGCACUAUGUGUCCGUUUAGAGAGAUGCCCGUCUUAUAGAAGAGUCAACUAAAAGGAGUAAACUAGGGACUAACUCUAGAUGUCCGUUUUAGUUGGGUGUCCGUCUUAUAGAGGUGUCCGUCAAGAGAGAGCUGACUGUAUAAAUAAGAACAAUCUCUGAUAUCCAAGUCAAAAGGUGUUUUUAAACAUGGUUCUUUUUUCUUUCAUCAGGUGGGCCUUUGGUAUACUUGUAUGGGAAAUAGUUACUUUUGGUACGUAUAUUCACGAGCUAAAGAAUAGCUCUAUCAUAUGUCGCAUAAAAUUAAAAAUGUCUUUCACUGCCGAAUCACCAGAAUACCCUCUUCCACUUUCUUUAAUGGUUAAUAGUCACACUUAAUUAACGUUUUUAUUGCGUUUUAUCUGUAAACUGUUACGUCUUUAACUGCCAAAUGCUCUUUUCUAGGAGGGUCACCAUAUCCUGGCGUUCCUUUGGAAAACCUGUUUGAACUUUUAAAAUCUGGAUACCGAAUGGAAAAGCCACUCAGUUGUCCAGAGAACAUGUGAGUAGCCAAUCGCGUUUCAAUUGUCAAUGCAUAAAAGUCUUCUUUUCUACGCUUUUGUGUCUAACGUUCACUUUGAACUUCGGAAUUGCAACGUAAUUGUCGUAUUUCCUUAACCAGUGCAAAUAAUAAGCCCUUCCCUCCCCACUUCUUCUUAGAAGAUGAUCUACAUAACAGAGGUAGCCGAAACUGACUAAUCUAAUCCGAAGCUGUCUUCCGAUAGCGAAGUGAACUGUAAAAAAAAAUAAAAAUAAAAUAAAAAAUAAAAAUAAGUAAAUAAAUAACGGGGCUCUGUUCUCGUAUUUUCUAAGUUUUUGGUUUUUACCUUAUUUUCUUAGGCAUGAAAUUAUGUUGAAAUGUUGGCAAGAGUCACCGACGAAAAGACCUACAUUUGAGGAACUGGUGAAAGAGUUCGAUGCCAUGCUUGUGUCACUAUCAGAUAGUGUAAGUAGUAAACUGCUCUUAAUACGUCAAUCGAUCAUUUACGGUUGUGGGUUGACCGAGCGUUUAUAUGAGAAAAAAAUUAACCCCUUUUCCCGAGCCAAAAGCGCUCGCAUGGUCUAAUUGUCUCGCCUUAACCGAGAUGACCCGGCUGGGCGAGCCAUUGUGCCGGUUUAUAUGGAGAACAGUUGGCCCGGCUUGGAGGGUGUACACCUCGUUUUACAUCUUAACCCACUCCCUAUCAUGUCUUUCAGUACCGUUUCAAAAACAACAAGAGCAUCAUUUAUUGGCAAAAAUAAAGUAGAUUUUCUUCAUGUUCUCACCGCCAAUGCGUUUACAAGAUAACCACUAACUAACUAACUAACUUUCCAGUCAGUUAAAAAAAAUAAAAAUACAGUGUUUUCCGUUAAAACACUGCGUAUGAACUGGUGCCCAUGAGAAGUAAUGGCGUCCUGAAGAACAAACAAACAAACAAAAAACUAACAUUAACUAACAACCGAACAAACUAGCAUCUACUUUCUCUUUUGUUCUUUUGUCCCAAACAUUACAGCAUUGUUGCAUAUUUCACCUGAAUCUGUACUCGUUUCAGGAAUAUAUUGAUCUGGAAGCAUCACUUAUGACUCCACUGGAACCACCAACUCCAACGUCAUCAGAACCGCCUUCUACUCCGCGAAACUCAGUAGGAACUGAACAUGAAAUGGAGAGUGAUGAUAGGGACAAUGACAGCGUGUUCGUUGAUAACACCAACGAUAUUUGGGAAGUCCGUAAUCUUUCGAGACACGCGAGGAAAUCAGAGGGUGGCCGGAACUCCAGAACGUCAUCACUUUUAAAUGGACAGCAAACGGACAGAAAAUGCGCUCGACAUGUAUCGAACCCUGAGAUAGCUGACAGUAAAAAACCAACGCGUUUAACUGCUUUUCGUUCACCAAUACAAAGCGAUGUGUGAAUUUAAAGUAUAGCGAGGUGAUGUCGAAUAUCGUCUGAGCAGCUACGGGGAAUAUGGAGUGACUGAGGGAAUACUUUUGGAGUUGUUUUAGUCAUGUAAUCCGUGACUUCUUUGGCUGCCUCAUUAAUGCCGAUUUGACUUCGUUCAUCAUGGUGUAUUGCAAUGAGGAUUGCGCCUGACAUCAAGUAUUUUAUAGUACCCGUGAACCAAAUAAACAAGAAGCCUUACAAUGCAACACCUAAAAUACCUUGGUGAGACCAACGAAAGACUGAGUAAUUCCCUCGGAAAAAAAUCUAAUGUUUGAGUCUAGGCCAUACAAUUUUAUUCUAGUUCUAAUUUUUGGCCUAAUUUUCAUUUUUCUUCUUCUGCGUCAGUGGUAUUAACAUCGGAGAAGGCUGUCACCUAUUGAGUUGACUUGAACUGGAAACCAACCCCCAAAGUACUAAAAAUAUAUUUGUAUAUAGAUAAAGAGAACUUUAAACAAAAAUAUUGGUUAUGGAAAGGAUAUAACUGAUUCAAUGAAGGUUGCUUAGGCAUUGGGCAAUUGCGUAUUAGGAAGCUAUUGUUUGGUGAUCACUCAAGCAAAUCAGUGCUUUGUUCCAUAUGCUCAAAUGCCCAAUUACCGAUGACCAAUUGUCAAAGCAACCUUUUUUGAUUUAGCUGUAUAUCCCAGAUAGGUUUAGGAGAAGAGUACAAAUAAAUUCGUAGUGACAAAGACACUGCUGGUGUUGUUUGGUUUGCUGCUUUUGAGUUAGUCUCCAAGAAACCACUUUCAACCGAAUGUAUUGAAAAAAAUCACUAUUAUGGGG